AUGUUGAAAAGCGGGUCGCUCCCGGAGGACGGCCCCUGCGCCGGCGGCUGCGACGCGUGCGACCGAGCGCGCGUCGCGGGCGGCGGCGUGGCGGAGCGCGACAUGACUAAGGAGGCACGGCUGCUGCUGGCCGGCAUUGACGCGCUCAAGGCCUACGGCCUGUCCAAAGUUGUCGCACUGCUGCGCGGCUCAAAGAGCAAGGACAUCGCGCCCUGGAUGAUGCAGAAGACCGCGCCAGACGGCACCCUGCUCCACGGCUCCGGCCAGGGCCGCAGCGAGGCGUGGUGGAAGGGGCUGCACGGGCUGCUGGUGGGGCGGGGCAUGAUAGAGCUCAAGAGCAUGCAGGGCCCCCGCGGCAGCUACACAGUCAGCGCGGCCGCCCGCGCCGGCAUCGACUUCCUCCAAGCCCGCGGCCAGUGGUCUGCCGCCGGCGCCUCCCAGGGCACGCAGCCCACACAGGGCACCCAGACCUCUGCAGACGCUGACUCAGCCGCCGCCGCCGCAGCAGCAGCAGCAGCAGCCGCCGGCCCGAGGCUCAUGCUGCGGCUGCCGCCGUCGAUGGACGAGGAGGACGCGGCCGCGGCCGCGGCGGCGGCGGCGGAGCGGGAGCGGCAGCGGCAGCGCGCGGAGGCGCGCGCGGCGGCAGACGGCGUGGCGGCGGAGCGGGAGGAGCUGGGCUGCCAAUAUCCCUGCCACAGCUGUCUGGUGGUCCUCUCGGCGGUCGGCAAAGCGCCCUGCCCUGCACCACGCUGCGUCUGUUGUUGA